AUGGCUGAGGAAGCUUCUCCCGAAAAGACAUCUGCCGAAGAGUCUUUCCUGUCACAACCUGUUUGUCAAUACUCAACACUUGGCGAUGUCUCCUCCGCUAACCGAUAUCAGAACUCCGAUGCCCAAGGCCAGCUCACUGUGGCUGUCGAUGAACUCCUCGAUCAAUUGCAGAGCAAGUUCGAUCAUGUAUCAAAGGAGGUUUUUGGGAAAUUGGACGACAUGACCCGUCGACUAGACGAGCUGGAGGCCUCUAUGGCAGGAGCUGCAAAUGAAUCGACAUCGGCGACACCGACGAAAUAG